CGAAGCAAUCUUUUCGCUAGCAGUCGAAAAUUAUUCUAAGCAUAUCUAGUUUAAAAAUGUGUAUUUGGUAGUAUCAAAGAAAGUCUUCCAAAUUCUAAGUUCGCAGUACGUUGUGGCAAUCAAAACUGAAAUUGGAUUGGAUGUGAAUGUGAAUCCUCUGACGUCUUGCAGAUAUUGAUUUGAAAUGACCCUCGUGGAAGUGAGCGUCCGCCAAGGAGCUGCGUUUUUGGCCCUGUACGUGCUGCUCCUGGCCGCCCUGGUCCGUCCGCAGAUGAACUUCAGCAUAUUCGUGGACUCGUUCUUCCUGCAGGUCAAGCACUCGGCGGUAAUGGUGCUGAGCUAUCGGUUUGAUUCCUACAUGGCAGUGGCCGCCGCACCACUCAGUGCCGUUACGGUGUUUGCCCUCUCCAAGUGGAACGAGCGCUGCGAGAAUCCCUCCUCUAAGAAGCUGAUGAUCACGGCCGUUGCAUGCUUGUAUGUCCUGGUGCUGGUGGCCAAUAUCCUGGCCAAUGGCAUAGUGGUGCAGCAGGCGCUCAUCCGCUUCGACCAGUGUCCUUAUCGGGCGUGGUAUAUGUACGGCCAGAUGGCCAUGUCCUUCAUCAAGUCUUCAAUCGCGGAUGUCCAGGAACUUUUCAGCGGUCGACCUCGCCGUCGACCUCGACUUGUAUAUCGUUUGCAUUAGUUACAGCUAAAAAAAAUGAUUGAAACUGUCUUCCAUUUCCAAGUAUUUAAAUAUAUGAAAGGAAAUAUAUGAAAGAGUUAA